CCCUAAACCCUAUUCCGUCUUCGAUGCUCUGUUCCCGAGCUCCAGUUCCAUCGAAGCGCAUUUUCUCGGCGGUGCUUCGCCGCCUUUACCGGCGAUCGGCGCCACGCCCUCCUCCUCCUCCUCCACCGCCUCCAACGCCGCCGAAAGCUCCACGAAAGCCAGUGUCUUUCACCGUCCAUGGUGUCACCUGGGAGGACUCCUACAGUUGGAUGGCGAACCUCUCUGAUGCGACUGCAAUGCGGCACAUGGAUAUGUGCAUGGAGCAAGAGGAGAAGUAUGCCGAAGCGGCUAUGGCUGCCGCUGGCGCUGACCGUCUCCAACGCAAGCUUCAGCUUGAGAUGGCCUCCCGCAUGGCCUCUGACCCUUGUUCUCCGCCUGUAAAAUGGGGCCCCUGGCUCUAUUACCGCCGCAUUGAGGAAGGGAAACAAUACCCGGUUCUUUGCCGGCGAUCGGUGAAGCUUCAUGAGGAGUUUGUUUCGUUUAGUGAGCCAUCCGCUGGGUUUGAUUUUAUGGCUGGUAGGAGGAUCGAGCAGAAGAUUUUGGAUUAUAAUCAAGAGGCCGAGCGGUUUGGAGGAUAUGCUUAUGAAGAACUGUCAGAAAUUUCUCCAGACCAACGAUAUCUUGCAUAUACUAUGUAUGACAAAGAUAAAGACUCUUUUACUCUAUCUGUGAGGGAUUUAGCUACAGGCUCACUAUGUAGCAAACCUCAAGUUGAUAGGGUUGCGAAUUUGUCCUGGGCGAUGAAUGGGCAAGCGUUGCUUUAUACUGUUACAAACAAAGACAAGAGACCACACAAGAUAUUUUGUAACAUGCUUGGGUCAAGUAAGGAUGAUGUUUUGAUUCUGGAAGAGUUCGAUGAUUCUGUAUUUGUUAACAUUAGAAAUACCAAGGAUUUUCGGUUUGUUUCUGUAAAUACAUUUUCAAACACUUCUUCAAAGGUUUACUUGAUAAAUGCAGCAGACCCUUUGUCUGGCCUGACUUUGAUAUGGGAGUGUGAACCUCAUGCUCAUUGCAUUGUUGAACACCAUCGAGGUUUUUUCUAUUUAUUUACAAAUGCUGCAAGAAGUGGUACACCGGUAGAUUCACAUUACCUGCUCUGUUGUGCUGCUGGUGAUAUUAAGUCACGAAAUUGGGAGAGUUUACUUGUUGAGGAGCCUGGUGUAAGCAUUGAGGAUAUUGAUUUUUGUGAUACUCAUAUGGUGCUUAUCAUAAAAGAAGGGAUGAAGUACCGCCUUUGCUCUAUUCCUCUGCCUUUGAAUGGAAAUGGACUUACGCAUCUAGCAGCUCUUCAUCCGUGCUUCUUACCUCUUCCAAGCCAUGUUUGUCAGAUUUCACCAGGUCCUAAUUAUGACUACUACUCUUCAACGAUGCGGUUCACAAUUUCUUCUCCUGUGAUGCCGGAUGCUGUGGUUGAUUAUGACUUAUCAAAUGCUAAAUGGAUCAUAGUGCAACAACAAAAUGUGUUGAGUGAUCGUACAAGGACUUUGUAUGGGUCUUCUGCUGUUAAUGAUAUUAAAAAGUUGUCUAGUUUGAAGAAACAUGAUCAAAUGCAUGAUUUCAAUGAUUCUGAUGGGGUUUGGAAUGAGCUCACUGAGUUUUAUGCUUGUGAGUAUCAUGAUGUUCCUUCAAAUGAUGAAGUUCUUGUCCCCCUGACUAUUGUUUACUCACGAAAACAAAAGCAAGAGGGAAGUCCUGGUCCUGGAUUACUUCAUGGGCAUGGUGCUUACGGUGAGUUACUGGACAAGCGAUGGCGAAGUGAACUGAAAAGUCUUCUUGAUCGGGGCUGGGUUGUUGCCUAUGCUGAUGUCAGAGGUGGUGGGGGGUUUGGUAGGAAGUGGCACUAUGAUGGCCGACGCACCAAAAAGCAAAAUUCUAUCAUCGACUAUAUUUCCUGCGCUGAAUUUCUGAUAGCCGAAGGGUUCGUGAUGGAAAAUAAGCUUGCUGGUUGGGGAUAUAGUGCCGGUGGGCUUCUGGUUGCCUCGGCUAUCAAUAAACAUCCAGAUUUAUUUCGAGCUGCUGUUUUGAAGGUUCCCUUCUUAGAUACCUGCAAUACUCUUCUUUAUCCCGUUCUGCCUCUUGACGCUGCCGAUUACGAAGAAUUUGGAUAUCCAGUGGAAGUAGAAGAUUUUCUUGCCAUGAAGAAAUGCUCACCAUAUGAUAACAUCCCAAAGAAUGUCAAGUUUCCAUCUGUUAUGGUUACAUCAUCUUUCAAUACAAGGUUUGGUGUGUGGGAAGCGGCUAAAUGGGUCGCGAGAGUCCGUGAGAACACAAUCUAUGAUCCAAAGCAUCCCGUCGUACUGAAUCUAACGACGGACCUUGUUGAAGAUAACAAGUACUUACAAAUCAAGGAAUUGGCAUUAGAGACUGCGUUCCUCAUCAAAAUGGUCUCAGAUUCUUAGACAUUUCUUGCAGCAAAAACUUACAGUUAGUCCGUAACAUCAACCGUAUCAACCGUAUCGACAUUUGGAAUCAAAGCCGGCGUAUGAUCUCACUCAAGAUGAGCUUACAAAUGCUUCAAGCUACCGAUAACUUUUCCGCGUUCUGGUGAGCAAUCGAUGAAACUUGUCUUGCAUUGCAUCUGUGAAAUGUCACUACUGAUAAUUACAGCAAACAAAAUUUAGAUGUGUAGUAGGUUACAGAACAAGACCUGUGCAAUUAUAAAAGAAUAAAACAAUUGUAGGUCCCUCUUUUAACAAAAUUGUUGACAAAGUUCAUGGUCCAUGUUUUUAAUUAAUAUUCAUUAUAUCAUG